UUCUUCCGGGUGACCAUCAUUUCGUUUCAAGUGAGAUUGUUUGUAAAAUAGUUGGGACUAGCUAGCUUUGAAGCUAAAUACAUUUCAGCAAACAUGUCCCGAGGCUCAAGUGCCGGUUUCGAUCGUCACAUCACUAUCUUCUCUCCAGAGGGUAGACUCUAUCAAGUUGAAUAUGCUUUCAAGGCCAUCAACCAGGGCGGCCUCACGUCAGUCGCGGUCCGAGGUAAAGACUGUGCAGUAGUUGUCACACAGAAAAAAGUACCGGACAAGUUGCUGGAUGCCUCCACAGUCACUCAUCUGUUCAGGAUUACUGAAAACAUUGGCUGUGUGAUGUCAGGGAUGACAGCGGACAGCAAGUCCCAGGUGCAGAGAGCGCGCUACGAGGCAGCAAACUGGAAAUACAAGUAUGGUUAUGAGAUCCCAGUGGACAUGCUGUGUAAGAGGAUGGCCGACAUCUCUCAGGUGUACACACAGAACGCCGAGAUGAGGCCCCUGGGAUGCUGCAUGAUAGUGAUCGGCGUGGACGAGGAGUGUGGCCCCCAGGUCUUUAAGUGCGACCCUGCAGGAUACUACUGUGGCUUCAAGGCCACUGCGGCCGGGGUCAAACAGACGGAGGCCACAAGCUUCCUGGAGAAGAAGGUCAAAAAGAAACAGGACUGGACCUUUAAAGAAACGGUUGAGACUGCCAUCACCUGUCUGUCAACAGUCCUGUCCAUUGACUUCAAGCCCUCAGAGCUGGAGAUAGGUGUUAUCACAACAGAGGACCCCAAGUUCAGAAUUCUGUCAGAGUCUGAGGUGGACACCCACCUAGUUUCCUUAGCAGAGAGAGACUGAGCCUGUACGUCGACAGAAUGGCCGGAGAGACACUCCAGGCCCAGUCAGAGAAUUAUGGGAUUUGUAGUAGCCCUGUCGAAUAGUGUUACCCUUGUUUGCUGUAUAUUUACUCUGUUUCAUUAAACAUGUUUUGACUAAAA